CCUCCUCUGCCGUCUCAGAACCGCUUAACGGAUUCCACGCUAUUCUGCUUCUUCUUCUUCUUCUUCUUCUCCUCCAUAAUCAUCAUCAUCUUCAUCUUCUUGCACGAUUCCCGAGGCCGAUCCCACGCUCCAAAUCCCUCGGGAUCCAUGCUUCUCUUUUAGCUCCCCUCUCUUUCUCCGAUGCCUGCUCCUCCGCCGCCUGCCGCGGCGGCGGUGGCGGCGGCGGCGGCGGCGGCGGCGGCCAUCGCCACCCCCAGCAGUGACUCUUCCCCUCUACGUCGCUUCCCUUUCCGCUCCGACCUCCAUGCUGACCAGCUGAUGCUCAAAGACAUCGUCAGUAAUGGGAUCUCCGGGAUCCUUCACAAGUGGGUCAACUAUGGCAAGGGCUGGCGUCCUCGCUGGUUUGUUCUUCAAGAUGGUGUGCUUUCUUACUAUAAGAUCCAUGGCCCUGAUCGCGUUGAGGUCGAUCGGGUCACUGAGAAGGGAUCUAAGGUCAUCGGUGAGGUGCCUGUUCGCCGGAUGUCUCGUAGCCGGAAUGGUGGGACUCAUCACCGUCGUAAGCCCAUUGGGGAGGUUCAUCUCAAGGUGUCGUCGGUGCGGGAGAGUCGGUCGGAUGAUAAGAGGUUUUCGGUGUUCACGGGGACGAAGAGGAUGCACUUGAGGGCGGAGACGAGAGAGGAUCGAGGGAAGUGGAUGGAGGCGCUGCAGGCGGUGAAGGAGAUGUUCCCGAGGUUGUCGAACAGUGAGCUGAUGGCGCCGGUGGAUGGGCUAGUCGUGUCGACGGAGAAGUUGAGGCAUAGGCUCCAGGAAGAAGGGGUGAACGAGUUGGUCAUACAGGACGCUGAGCAGAUCAUAAGGACUGAGUUCUCUGGGCUGCAGAACCAGCUUGUGGCUCUCAAGCAGAAGCAGUCACUGCUCCUUGAUACUCUCCGGCAGUUAGAGACAGAAAAGGUUGAUUUGGAGAAUACCCUUGUUGAUGAGAGCCAAAGGCAUGCAGAGGAAGACGAAUCUUCAUCUAGAUCAAGGCAGGAAAAAUAUAGUGAAGGAAGUGGAAGUGAUACUGAUGAAGAAAAUGAAAGACAAGAUGUUGCUGAAGAAGAGACUGAUGAUGAAGAAAAUAUCUUUUUUGAUACACGAGAUUUUCUCUCAUCAAGCUCUUUUAAAAGUAGUGGAUCUGACUUUCAUAAAUCAGAAAUUGAUUCUGAUAAUGAUGAAUUCUGUGGCAAUGGCUCGGUUGAUGGUUUUGAUGACUGCAUGAAAGCUGUUGGAUCUCAGUACCCGUAUGUUAGGAGGCGUAAAAAAUUGCCUGAUCCUGUUGAGAAAGAGAAAGGAGUUAGCCUUUGGUCAAUGAUUAAAGAUAACAUUGGGAAAGAUCUUACUAAAGUAUGUCUUCCUGUAUAUUUCAAUGAACCACUUUCGUCCUUGCAGAAAUGUUUUGAAGAUCUUGAAUACUCUUACCUUAUAGACAGAGCGUGUGAGUGGGGCAAAAAGGGAAACAGUCUUAUGAGAAUAUUAAAUGUGGCCGCAUUUGCCAUCUCUGGAUAUGCUUCAACAGAAGGAAGAAACUGCAAACCUUUUAACCCUCUUCUCGGAGAGACUUAUGAGGCUGAUUACCCAGACAAAGGGCUCCGUUUCUUCUCAGAAAAGGUCAGUCAUCACCCUAUGAUUGUCGCAUGCCACUGUGAGGGUACUGGAUGGAGGUUUUGGGCAGAUAGCAAUUUAAAAAGUAAGUUUUGGGGUCGCUCAAUUCAGCUUGAUCCUGUUGGAGUUUUAACACUAGAGUUUGAUGAUGGUGAAGUCUUCAAGUGGAGCAAGGUGACAACUUCCAUCUACAACCUUAUACUGGGAAAACUUUAUUGUGAUCACUAUGGUACAAUGCGAAUCCAAGGAAAUCAUGAGUUCUCAUGUAAGAUAAAGUUCAAGGAGCAAUCUAUAAUAGACCGGAAUCCUCACCAGGUUCAAGGCAUAGUGCAAGAUAGGAAUGGGAAGACAGUGGCCACGCUCAUCGGGAAGUGGGAUGAGAGUGUGCAUUAUGUGCUUGGAGAUUGUUCUAACAAGCGAAAAUGGACUGAACCAUUUUUAGAAGCCCAGUUAUUGUGGGAACGUGGGAAGCCCUCAAUGUAUCCAACUCGUUAUAACCUCACACGUUUCGCAAUCACAAUGAAUGAGCUCACCCCUGGAUUGAGGGAAAAACUACCACCAACUGAUUCAAGGCUAAGGCCUGACCAGAGAUGCUUGGAAAAUGGGGAGUAUGACAUGGCGAAUGCUGAGAAAUUGAGGCUGGAACAAAGACAGCGUCAGGCAAGAAAGAUGCAGGAAAGAGGAUGGAAGCCUAGGUGGUUUGCUAAAGAUGAAAGUACCGACACUUACCGAUACAGUGGUGGUUAUUGGGAAGCUAGGGAGCAAGGCAAGUGGGAAGGCUGCCCUGAUAUCUUUGGUCAAGUCCCUAAUGAUCAAAUGAUUGACUCAAUAGCUUCCAGUCAAAUUUAAACCAGGGAAAAUGCUGUACCUUGUGGGAAGUGUGUUAGAGCCAGCUAUGAUCCCUUGAAUGAAGGAAUGAAGGUAUGAAGGUGGAGAUAGUUUGGUAGCAGUGGGUGGGAAUGGGAAAAAUUAGGCUUAAAAACAAGACUCUUUUUCUGAAGAGGUGAUGGAAAUGACCCAAAAGGCAAGAACUAGUGAAAUAUAUUAUAUAUGAGAGAGCAUAAAUUGAGACCUUCCAUCUGACAUACUGUCUCAUGUACUUAAAUUUUUUCUGGACACCAAUAAUAAUUGAAAAAAAAUAAAGAAAUGCAAAUCUUACAACAUUGCAUUAUA